AUGUACUCAAACUCGAGUGAGGGAGUCACAAGUAUAAGCGGCAUCAACCCCCUGGACCAGGAAGAUCCAGAUCUAAAGAAGAGGUACAAAGCAAAAAUGAUAGAGAAGAAGCCACUUCUUGAUUUCCCCACUGUCCGACAAACAAUCCAACAAGAGGAGGAUCUGUAUAUGGAGUUUGUGCCACUUUUGAAGAGGGCCGUCGACAACAUCGCUUCAUCAUUCACCAUCACCGACGAACUCAAUUUUCGUCCAAUAACCAAAAGCCAAGGUGACAAUCAACUAGGGAGUGUCGAGGAACGCGGCUGCAGCGAAAGGAAGGAGUUGGAGAAACGGAAGUGA